AUGUCCCAGACCUCCUACCCCCGUUUCGCCAAAUCCACCGCUCCUACACCGUAUCCCCGAAGAACCUCCCCGCUAGGGAAGACCUCGCUGCACCUCCGCCUCAGCCUGCUCGCCGGCGAGAAACUCGAUCAGGAAAGCAGUGUCAAGCAACCCGACCUCCGCCGCUGCCUCGGCCAUGCUCGCAUUCACGCCAAAUCCAUGGCCCUCGUCAAGCGGGACAUCCGCGUCCACAUCCGCUCCAUGGGCAUGGACAUGGACGACGAGGACGACGAGGAGUGCUGCGAUGACGAGAUCAUCCCGCCUCCCCCUCCUCGCCGGGCAUCCCGCAGCAGCUCCAAGGCCGCUGCUGCCCCUCGGGUGAAUGUCACUUCCCCGAGAUCCAGUGAGAAGACCAGUCUGCUCGACAAGGGCCGCAAGUGCUUGGAGAAGAUCUUCCCGCGUCGCAACGACGCGCACUUGGCUCAGUCCCGCAUCGCCGUCGUC